CUGGACCGGCACGCUGGACGCCAGGGGCUUCCGCGACUUCUGCCCCCAGUACGACGUCAACUCGGAAACGGUCGAGGGCAACGAGGACUGUCUUUACCUCAAUGUGUACACGCCGUUCCUGCCGGGUGAGCUGACCAGCGGCCAGGCGCCGCCCAGCUCGUCGGCGGGUCGGCGGCUGCCGGUGCUGGUGGCUGUGCACGGCGGCGACUUCAGUCGGGGCGCCGCCAGCCUGCUGGGACCGCAGCGGAUGAUGCGCGAGGACCUGGUGCUCGUCACCAUCAACUACCGGCUCGGCGUGCUCGGCUUCCUCAGCACCGGCUACACUGACCUACCCGGCAACUACGGCCUGCUGGACGUGAUCCAGGCGCUGACCUGGGUCAAGGACACGGCGCGAGACUUCGCCGGCGACCCGACCCGGGUCACUUUGCUGGGUCACGGCGCCGGCGCGGCCAUGGCUCACCUGCUGAUGCUGUCACCACGGGCCAAGGGUCUGUUCCAGAGGGUGGUGCUGCAGAGCGGCAGCGGCCUGUGCCCCUGGGCGGUGGAGAGGGAGCCGUACGAGGCGGCAGCCCAGCUGUCAGAUGACGUCGACUGUGGCAGAGCAGAUCGCCAAUGUCUGAUGGCCAAGGCCGCUGAACAGCUGGUGAAGGAGCACCACAGGCGACUGAGGUUUGUCGGCUUCAACGGGCCCAUGCGUCCGGUGGUGGACGUUGACUUGAGGUCGCGCCCGGUACUGCCGGCCGAGCCGUUGGCGCUGCUCGAGGCUCGCGACUUCACCCAGCUGCCGCUGCUGGUGGGGCGCGUGCGAGACGAGGCCCUGCAGCUCGUCAUAUAUCAGUACCUGGAGGCGGAGCGGCCCACGGACGGCUACUACAUGGAGCGUGAGGUGGUGGACUGGACCCUGGACCAGCUGUUCAGCUACAACUACAGCCGGCAGGCGACCCUGGUGGCCGCCGUCAAGAGCCACUACCUCAGCGGCAUCGACUACGGCCGCCCGUCUGACGUCAUACCUUGCCUAACUGAGCUGCUGACCGACGCCUGGUACACGGCCUGCCUGGACGUGACGGUGCGCCUGCACGCGGCUGCCGGACCCGUCUACAGUUACCUGUUCUCCCACCGGCUCCCGGCCGGCCCCAGCCACCUGCGCCCGCUGGCCGGCCGCCUCCGCAGCCGCGGCCUGCACGCGCCGCUCCUGGACUCCGGUGUGAGUCACGGCGACGAGCUACUCUACCUGUUCUGGGCGCCCAUCUCGUUCGGCCAGUACUCGGCCACGGACCAGCACCUCUCAGAGUUGAUGACUGCCAACUGGGCCAACUUCGCGCGCACUGGUGCUCCGACGCUUCCGGGAACAGACUCGCCUAUCCGACCACCGUGGACACCGAGCUCUGGCGACCAAAUCGCGUACUACAACCUCUCUGUAAUGCCGCUACCACUGCUGCAGAACUACAAAGCCCGGGCGGGCGGCGUUCUGGCUGGAGACGAUACCGUUCGUUGAGGGCCUGGCCACCGAGUCGUUCGCGUACCAGGUGUCGACGUGGCUGCUGCUGGCGCUGUGCGUCCUGCUGAUGGCGGCGUUGGUGGCCGCGCUGGUGGUGUGCGUGGCGCGCGGCCGGAAGGACGGCUACGAUAGUGACGACGUCAUCAGCAGGGUGAUGCGGUCGGUGCGUAGCAGCACCACUGGAUGACAGUCCGAGGAGGAGAUGGUUCAGACGUCGCAUGCCACCUACCUGUGAGCGCACAGAGGGCUCGCAGCUGGCGCCGAACGGGUCCGCUAGCCGGCGCCGAACGUGCUCGCAGUCAGCGCCGAACGAGCCCACAGCCGGCGUCCGAACGGACCCGCAGCUGGCGCCGGGCCGCCACAGCAGACCGUGGCCGACUCAGCUAUCUCCUCCUCCAGUGACGGUCGGCGAGAUGCAGAAAUCGCGGCUGUUAAUCGGACCCAACAUCUCGUGGAAUCUGCGCACUUUCUCACGUUGCACCCGAUAGGGCUUUGGGACCAUGGUAAGCUCCCUGAAGCAACCGACUACAAGCUAUGUACCGAACGCGGUCUGCCCUGUAGCAACUGGCAAUGUAGCUCAUGACCACAGUCAUCUUAACCGUGCGCACAGCUGACAAGGGAUUUAUAUCAAAGCACAGUCAUUUCCCCGUGGUAGGCUAGUGGGAACCAAUGUAUUUACGUGUCUUGCAGUCUUCUACAUAGAACCACCUACACAGGUAUCUGUCGUGUGAGAACUGGCGGCCCACCUAGACUCAAAAGCAACUUUCCCAGCAGGUAAUUUGCUCUAUACUGACAGCCAUCUCGCUCGUAGCAGCACGCGUGGUUCUUUCUGCUUAGCUACCUGUUCCGCGGCAACACCUGUAAAUGUUGUAAUCACUAUGGCUUGUCCGCCAUAGGCAGUUAGCCCAGGCGGGGACCAGGGCUGACAGCUGCGCACUUCAUCGUCUGCUAUCGGUCGGCGAGCACGCUGUGCACACUGCACCACUAUCACUAGAGCGGCGAUGCUUUAAGGGCCCUAUAAGCAGCGCUAAGGCCUGCAGCCGGAAACGCGAAGCACGGAAGGCUUUGCUGAUGAUGGAUGCAAGGACCACAUGUGAUUAGCGCAUUCGUACACAUACGCGCGCGCAUGCACGCAUGUAAUGUACGUAAUGUACGUAAUGUGCGCAUACACACACAUUAGCGCAUGACAGUGCGUUUAGCGCUGUCAUGUUAGUCAUGUUGUCAACAUGCAAGCACCCAUCGUUCAUGUGAUAUUGUUUUACAGUACGGAUCAUUUAUAGGCAGGUACUUAUAGCCAAAGCAUGGGACUGUGUGUUGUUUUUGUGACGUGCGGCAGCUCUGGGUGAACAGGCUCUGCCGUACAUCUGUCGAACUGGUGGGCGUGAAGUCCAGCAAUACAUGCAUGAAA